AUGAAGAGGGCUUUGGUCAUCGACGCUUGUCAACAUGAGCGACUGAACCCGGACCGCGAAGGUAUAGAGCUCGCGAUCCGCCCGCACGAGCCGCAGACCCCCGAGGAGCUUCGGAUUGAGGUCGAUGAUUGCAUACAGGUCCUCCAGAGGAACGAUGGUGAUUGGGACAUUGGCUAUAAUUUGACCGCGCAUGAGAAUAGACCGACAGAGCUUCUGGUCGGAUUCUUCCCGCGUCAACGCACCCUCGAACGCUACGGCGCGGGCUAUCCCCUCCGCCCCCGAAACGCCGAAUGGAGCGCGCCACGGCCGGGCAUCAAGCUUCCCAAUCUCGACGAAGGGCCACCACGCGACUGUAUUGAGCAGCGCUUUGCCUUACGCCGCCUCACGAACUCGAUCCGGGAGUAUUGCGGCUGCCUCCUCCUGCGGGCGAACAACGCGCUCCAGAGGCGCACGGACGAGCUGGCGGAUGAGGCGGAUCGGUUGCAGGAGGUGGCUGACAGCGUGGAGAGUGAGCAGGGGUGGGUUGCAGCGGAGUUGGAUCGGGUGGAGGAGAAAGUGCAGAAGGAGGCGCAGCGGAGGUCGACAAUCGUCGAGCGGAUGGACGACCUGAUCCUCUCGCUUGUCAUCCUCUCGCGGCGCCCAGCGUGA